AUCAUGUUUCCGUUCUUGUCUCUAGUAUAUUGGAUGUAAUACUUCCUACACCUGCAAAGCGAAGCUUAACACUUGCGUUAUGUAACUCUCUGUGGCUGAUGCUUGGUAGGAAAGUUGCGGAGAUGAAUUUUGAAAAUCAUAUUAGAAAUUACUUUCAAUUGAACGAUUACUCAAAAUGGAGUGUAUUGGAAGUCCUACGCUACAUAUCAGAUAACGUUAACUUUAUAAGUGAAAAUUUAAACGAUAUCCAAAACUCUUUAGAAGAACAGCUAGAAAUUUUAUCAAAUCAUAAAAGUCUUCGGUUGGGAGCAAAAAAUAAGGCUAUCAAGCUUCUUGAAAACCUGCCAAGAACACUAAAACGAAAAGAUAUAUUAAAUUUCCUUGAAAAUCAGGACCUAAAAUUUGCUGAGAGUCGAUAUAAAGUCAAUGUUGAAUUAAGUGUCGUUACUGAUAAAACGGUCAUGACAGGAAAGACUACCGAAAAGUUUGCAAGAUCUUUGAAUAACAAUCAUGACAUCAGGGGCUUUGAAAGUCAAGAUUCCAGUACUACUGUUAAUGAUGAACAAGAAGAAAACAAACUGGAAGAAAGUAAACCGAAAGAAAAUAAACUGGAAGAAAAUGAAGGCGGAGAUGUAGUUACCGGUGAAAGUAGUACGAUGUGUGUUAAGGAUAUCCUUGAAGACUCGAUUGAAGUUUCACCCGUCAUAAAGGAAGUUACAGAAUUUUUUUUAAGUAAAUGCCCUAAAGCAUCUAUAAUGGAUCUACGUCCAAAAUCAAAAUUUUCACUACUUCUGGAUUUGGGACUUCAAAAAACCAUUUUGCACGAAGUUUUUGAUGAAAUUGACAACUAUAUUACUGAUGAUAUUCACGAAUAUCUUACGUCAUUUUUCAAUAAAGAUUUCACUGCGCAAGGCUGGGAUAAUGCCAUCAACAAUAUAGAUUUCAAUAAAUGUGAUUCAGAACACUUAAAGAAUAUUAAAAAAUUAAUUCAGGAAACUUUACCCAAAUUUUUAAAAGCGUUUUCAUUGGAGGAUCUUAAUCCGUUGAGGGAUAUUACAAUCCUGGAAAAACCGCAUCUUAACCAGUUUGUACAUCCUAUAAUUGACUCGGCAUUAUGGAAUUUUGCCAAGGUUAAUUACAUAUAUGGUGAAAUACCUUUAAAAGGUCCUGGAACUAGAAUACGGGCCGAUGGUGUAGGAUUUCUCAAUGACGUGGUAAACUACCCUAUAGUUUGUGGCGAAGGAGCUAGACCGGGUGCACCACAGAAAAAAAGCGUGGAUGAUGAUAUCAAGAAUGCAAGUAACAUGGCAGUAUUAUAUAAUAAUAUUGUCAUAGAAGAAGCUGAUUCACGCCGACAACUUUUUACAGACUUAAGAGUUUAUGGUUUAACUGCAUUCAAAACCGAAUUGUCACUAACAAUGAUGGAUUUUAGAAGUGUACAUAGGUUAUUCGAGGUUGAUCAUUUCUGCCUACCGAAAAACUGGGUUGAUAUGCCAAACUUUGUGUGGUUAUAUGAGGCAAUAAUCAAAUGGGCCUUAUGCGUUAAUUCAACACGAAAUGGAUUGAUUGAGCAUAGAAAGAAAAGAAGGGUGAGCCGAUACUCUGAAGUUGGCAUCGCAAAAAAAUUAGCACCAUUAAGGGAACAUGAAUAG